GAAGAAGGCGUGGAGGAGGAGAAGGAGGAGGACAGGGGGGAGGAGCAGGAGCAGACGGUGGAGGAGCAGAAGGCCGCAGAGGACCCCCGGUCCCCCACGGCUCAGCGCCGCUCACGUGUCAUGCAUUGUAAAGUCAGCCUGCUGGACGACACUCAGUAUGAGUGUGAGCUGGAGAAACAUGCGAAAGGCCAGGAUCUGUUUGUCAAGGUGUGUGACCAUCUCAAUUUGCUGGAGAGGGACUAUUAUGGGCUGGCCAUCUGGGACACACCCUCCAAAAAGGUCUGGCUCGACUUGACCAAGGAGAUCCGCAGACAGGUGUCAGGCUGCUCCUGUGACUUCACCUUCAAUGUGAAGUUUUACCCGCCCGACCCAGCUCACCUGACUGAGGACCUCACCAGGUACUUCCUGGUCCUGCAGCUGCGUAAGGACAUCCUGACUGGACGGCUGCCCUGCUCCUUCGUCACGCUGGCAGUACUGGGCUCUUACGCCCUGCUGUCGGAGCUGGGCGAGUACGACCCCGAAGUCCACGGCAACGACUAUGCCAAAGAGAUGCGGCUCGCCCCGGGGCAGACCAAAGAGCUGGAGGAGAAGAUAGUGGAACUGCACCGCACCUACAAGGCUAUGACUCCUGCUCAGGCAGAUUUGAUGUUUCUGGAGAAUGCCAAGAAGCUGGCCAUGUACGGAGUGGACCUGCACCAGGCUAAGGACCUGGACGGGGUGGACAUCAUGCUGGGCGUGUCCUCCGGGGGUCUGAUGGUGUUUAAGGACAAGCUGCGGAUCAACCGCUUUCCCUGGCCCAAAGUCCUCAAGAUCUCCUACAAGAGGAGCAGUUUCUUCAUCAAGAUCCGGCCCUCCGAGCUGGAGCACUACGAGAGCACGAUCGGCUUCAAGCUGCCAAACUACAAGGCCUCCAAAAGGCUGUGGAAGGUCUGUGUGGAGCACCACACGUUCUUCAGGCUGACCUCCACGGAGGUGGCCACCACGCCCCGCAGGUUCCUGGCGCUGGGCUCCAAGUUCCGCUACAGCGGCCGCACCCAGGCCCAGACCCGGCAGGCCAGCUCCCUGAUCGACCGGCCGGCCCCCCUGUUCCAGCGCUCCUCCAGCAAGAGGGCGUCCCGCAGCCUGGACGGAGCAGUGGUGGUGACCCCAGACAAGAGUGCUCGUCCCGUCAGUGCGCCCCUCAUCUCCCCAGCCCCGUCCGGGGAAGCGGCCCCCACCCCUGUCACCACGGCGACCCCCCGCUCCAAGCACAGGGACCCUGGCACGCCCUCGAGGCGCACCCCCCGCUCGGAGGAGAGGAAGGCGGAGAGGAAGGCGGAGGCGAAGGCAGAGGGCCGGGCGGAGAAGAAGCCCUCCAGGACAGAGCCGGGGUCGGAGGUCAAGACGGCGGGGAGGAGAGAGCGGCGACACGCGCAGAAGGUCACCGCCGCCAACGGGGAGAGAAAGUCGCAGUCGCCACGGCAGGGGACGGAGCCGUCGCGAACGAGGAAGAAAAGAUCUAAGAAAACUGAGGGGGACACCAUUUAUAUCAGACACAGCAAUUUAAUGUUGGAGGAUUUGGAUCGGACCCAGGAGGGGAUCAUGAGGCACCACACCAGUAUCAGCGAGCUGAAGAGGAGCUUCAUGGAGGCGGUGCCGGAACCGCGGCCCAGCGAAUGGGACAAGCGUCUGUCCACCAACUCACCCUUCCGCACCGCCAGCAUCAACGGCCAGCUGCAGCCAGGGCCCCCGCUGGUGAAAACGCAGACCAUCACUAUCUCUGAUGUCACUAACGCGGUGCGUGGUGACAUCUCCACCCCGACCCGGGAGGUCCCGAUCGUGCACACGGAGACCAAGACCAUCACAUACGAGGCAGCGCAGCCUCUGGAGAGCCUGACAGACAGGGACUCUGGGGUCCUGCUGAGCGCACAGACCAUCACCUCCGAGACUGUCAGCACGACCACGACCACCCAGAUUACCAAGACGGUGAGGGGGGGAAUCUCAGAGACGCGCAUUGAGAAGCGGAUCGUCAUCACAGGCGACACGGAGAUCGAUCACGACCAGGCUCUGGCCCAGGCCAUAAAGGAGGCGAAGGAGCAGCACCCGGACAUGUCCGUCACCAGGGUGGUGGUGCACCAGGAGACUGAGAUCACCCCACAGUGACCUGGCCAGCGCUCAGGGGAGCAUCAGGGGAACCGCACCUGCCUCCCUGCCCCCAACCCCGGCUCCUGUCCUGAUGCGAUUCUAAACCAGCAUUUAUACACUGAGCUCCCCUACCACCUCCCAACAGCGCCGAGCAGCUAACCAGAGGAAGGACAACCUGCCUCAACUCUGACCUCUGAACCCUGACCCUGCCUAUUGACACACCGAUUAAUACUAGCAGAGGGCUUCUCACCUGCCUCCCGAUUUCCCACAGUUCCCCUCUCUUCCUCCUCCACUCACUGCCAAAUCCUGGAGUGGAUCAUCGCCAGCACCGGAAGUGGCUCCGGAUUCAGCCAUCUUGGUUUUUCUAUGACAUUUCAGAGGAAUUUUAUAAUCUGUCACCAUUUGUAUGGGAAUUUCUAAGAUUUUUUGGUGAUUUUCUUUUUCUCAGGAUGACAUAUUUUUAGAUUGGACUUGGAUGUAAUGGAGGGAUUGUGGGAAAUUGAGUCCUGCUGAAGCAUGCCAGUGUGUCCAUUCCCUGUGACCUUCUGCGUAGCGUGUCAUAGGGGGCGGGCAGGAGAUGGGGACAUGUACCCCCCUCCUUUUUAGGAAGCAUUAUCCCCCCCUACGCAAACAUUUUUUGAGAAGGAUGGCCAGUGGAUGCCGUUCCUCCCCAAUCAUCCCCCCUUUCCCAAAUUUGGAUCUGAGACCCUACACUCAGUGACCACUUUACCUGUACACAAUCUUGUUAAUGCAAAUAUAUAAUCAGCUGAUUAUGUGGUAGCAACUCAAUGCUGAAAACCUUGCAGACAUGGUCAAGAGGUUCUGUUGUUGUUCAGAUCAAACAUCAGAAUGGGAAGGAAAUGUGACUUUGAUGAUUGAUGGUGCUAGAUGGGGCGGUUUGAGUAGCUCUGAAACUGCUAAUUUAAUGCGGAACAAUCUCUGGAGUUUACAGAGACUGAAAAUCUAAAAAACAUCCAGUGAACAGCAGUUCUUUUGGUAAAAAUGAAGAAUGGCCAGACUGGUCAAAGCUGACAGGAAGGCAACAGUAACUCAAAUAACCACGCAUUAUAACAGUGGUAUGCAGAAGAGCAUCUCUGAACACACAAAAUGUGGAUGGGGAACAGCAGAAAUACCGAAUAAAGUGGUCCCUGAGUGUAUGUCACUGCAUCUGCUCAUGCUCUUGGUCAGAAAAUUCACAUUUCUCAUUAUGGUCCAAUUGGUAGCGAUGCAUUCCAUUUAAAAAUGCAAGUCUUUUUUCUCUUUCUUUAAAAAAAUCUAAUGUAUUUAUCUUGAUUGAUAUUUAUUUAGUCUUUAGUUAGUUUGUUUGUUGUUGUGUCUCAACUAGAAAGGGGGUGGGGUAUGGGAAAGUAUUGGAACUACAUUAUAUUGUAUUUUUAUCUUGUUUUGUUUUGUCUCAUUUUAAUGUUUGUGAGCGUAGUGUUUUAGCCAUUCCGGCUUUGUUAAAGUGAAAUGUCAGUUUUUCUGAAGAAAAACAGAAGAUUCCACUGUCAGUAUGGCUGCAAACCCACAUGAGCUAAGGACAUUUUUGAAUUUAUGUUAUGUUGGAUGUAUUUUUACUCUUCUACCAAAGGGGGCAGUAUGCAUUCAUCCACUGUAUAACUUUGUGCUUCGUCCAUAUCCAAACCAAACCAUUUCCCAAUUAAGAGAAAGCAAUUUAAAAGUAGAUAUCCUUGUUGAUCUUAAUUAUUUAACGCGUAUUCUCUGUGGCCAUUAAAGUCACCUUUGUAAUAUCAAAGGAUACAGCAGAAUGGCUACAGGAUACAACCUCUUUCACACUGCUGUCAGCUUGAUUUGAAGAUAAUGGGAAAUGACUGGCAUACCUGCUGUGGAAUACAAAUACCCCUGUAAUGCAGACAAAGCCUCACAAAACAGACUCGCUUUGAUUGCCCUGCUGUAAAAUUGAGCUGUACCGUCUUGAAAAUUGAGCUGUACCGUCUUGAAAAUUGAGCUGAUCCUAAGCUGAACUAGCUGGGUAUGAGCUGCUCAACCAGGAUGGCCAAGCCGGCCAUGAAGCUGGUCUAGCUGGGUAUGAGCUGGUCGACCUGCUAGUGCUGGUAGCUUGUCUGAGCUGGUCAACCAGCUACCAGCUGUUUCAAAACAUAUCUUGAGCUGGCCAAACCAGCUGGUUUGACCUGGUCAAUUAGCUAAACCAUGUCUAGCUGGGAGCUGGUCUGAACUGGUCAGGCAACUACCAGCUGUUUCAAAACCUACCUUGAGCUGUUUUUUUCUGCAGGGUUUGGAAAGGUUUUAGCCAUUCCAUGUAUAAUGUAGUGUGUCUCUUGCGUUAUGCCAUGCCCUUUUCUCCUGGUUAGUGUGAAGACUGAGAAAAGAAAAAUGUAAUGCGUUAAGAUUACAUGCUGUGCUGUCAAAUUUUGUAGAGCAGACUAUGCUUCUUGUUUUGGUUUCUGUUCUUGUUCUGUGUUUCUGUUGCUUCUUUGAUGUUGUAUAUAUGUAUAUAGAACCAGCUGAUUGAUUUUUAGUGGACUUUUCACUCGACCUGGGAAGGAAUAUUUUUUAACAGAUUGUUGGUUACUGGUUUUCUCAAGGCAAGACCAGUGGACCAGGGAUUGACAUUCCCCCAGAAGCUUGCAAACUCCAGUAGUUACAGGAUAUGUUGCAGCUUAUUAAGCCUCUGGUGCCAAAACUAAAAUUUUACAUGGCAAAUUUAUAUUAUUUAUAUUGAGUAUUUACCGUAGUUUUAAAUUCUAAAAUGUCUUCACAGUGAACAAAUGACUCUCCAGGGACUGAUCUCCAGAGCAACACAGAAAUUGAUAUCAGAUUCCCUUGUAUGUACCCAGUGUGCAUGCUCCGGUGCCUAAAACCCAUAGUCAAAGAUGGACGCCUCUGUGAAUUGGCUUCUCGUGUCAUUAAUCGGUUCCUAUAAGAAUCCGUGGAACGAGCAAGCAGAAGCUGUCUACAGGUCUUUCUAUCUCGAUGGGCCAUACCCACCCUCAGCAACCAUUUUGAGAAUCAUGCUCAUAAUAAAAACGGGUAAUUAGCACAGUAAGUGUUGCCAAGUCUGACAAGAAAAAUUUCAAUAGAUCACCCUCUGGACUGGAGAUUGUCCAUAGGGGUAUUAGAAAAUGUCACCUAUUUUCUGCAAGAUCCCUUCAUUUUAGGGCACUCUGGUAUGAAAACCCCAUCAGAUGUUUCUAUAACAGAACACUAAAACCGUGCCCUCCGUGUGUAAACAUUGCUAAUGUUGUAACAAUGUGUAAAAAUUGGCAAGUUGGCGACACAGCAUCAGCCAAGCACCAUAGACGUUCCCUGAGGUGGGGGACUGUCGAAUGUAGAGAUGGUCCUCCAGAGAGUUGAACACCAUAGAUGUUUCUAGGUGAAGACGUGAGGCUGGCACCGCUGACAGUCUGGCUCUGGACCCUGAGAAACAUCAGUGAGCGAUUAUGAUGGAAUUUUUGCGGUUGGCCCUGUUUACACGGACUUGUGAUUUAUUUGAAUGCGGAACAGACCAGCUCAUCCCUAGAGUCCGGUCCGCAUUGCAGCGAAGCCAGCUGCAGUCGUGUAUCUGAGGCAUAGUUUACCAUAAGAGUCAACACAAUUCGAGGCGACAGCAUAUACAAACUCCCCCACGCUGACAGCCCCGGCAGGAGGCUGCAGACGAGCUGGAGCAGUCAGUGUGGGAGUUGCGCUUGCGAAGCGGAAUAUUAGCCCCAGUUCUGUAUGGUUUCACUCACCUGAGCCUGGGCCUGUGUAAGACCAACAAACCGAAUGCUGUUUAUUUUCGUGCCGACUGUAAGCAUCUCUCCGGCUGAAUAUUUACAUCUGUACUUGGCUUCAUGAAACCAGCGAUUCUGCCAUUCCUAGUUUUGUAUGGGAUGUUAUGGGCCGGGCUAAAUUAUGACUUAUUAAAAGCAGCUGGUUCUUCUUCGUCGGCCGACGGGCCGGAGGUAUGGCAGACAUUUUGUGACUCUGCUGGUGUACUAGGCCUCUUUUUUCGCUUUGUUGUUGUAAGUACUCAAUUUAUUUUUCUAAGUUUUAUAAAAGAUAAGCUGUUCCCGGUGCCUCUGUCUGUUUUACGUGUCCUUUUGUAAACGUGCUGUUUUUUCAAACAAACUGGACUUGAGGACUGUGCACAAAGCCGUGUGACCCAAGUGUAACGUCUGGCAGCUCUUUUCAACCGGCCCAGAUUAGUCUAAAUGUCGCAGUGGAGAUAAGCGUUUGUAUAUUUUUGGAUUGCAGAAGUCAAAAUGUCCGAGUGAAAAGUAUAAUUUAUUUUGUAAAUGAACACUUAAUGAGCACUGACAACUUGUAUAGGAUAGAAAGUGUAUCUUUUUUUCUCCUUCCUGCAUUGUUUUAUUUCAUGUCUUAGAAAAGCAGAUAUGUAGAGAACAGUUUGAUGCCUGACCUUACCUUUUUUGUGGUUUGCUACAAGAGUUAAAAGUAUAGCUGGGGAGAGCUGUCUCCCCAGAGAGUUCUGUCUUCUCUCAAGCUUCUUAUUUUUUAAUGCAAAAACUGCAGUCUGCAAUAAGACCCUGGAUUGGCAGUGGGGAAGCAGCCAUCUUUGUGAUUUUACAGUUUGCUUUCUUCUAUUUCAUUCUUGGAAAAAAGGGCAGCAAAACAAAAAAUAAAAUUUUAAUUAAAUCUUAAA